AUGGACACUGGGAAAAAUACAAAAGCUUCCCUUACAUCCAAAAUAAUUUAUGAUCCACCACUAACUGUCGAAAUCGAUGGGGUAAAAGAGUUAGAAUCAAUUUUGGAUUUAGAAAAUUGCAGCUCUGAACUAUGUUCAGUCCUUGAUCUGCCUGAACGUUCCCCAAAUAUAUACGACACAUUUGAAAGUUUUGAAGAGGUAUCAAUUUUUGGGGAUCUAGAUAAACCACCCAAUAAUUUUGACAAAGAAGAUAGAACAAGUCACUACACGGCAACUACCAUGAACAGUUUUGAUGAUGCGGGAAUGGUUACUAGUGACUUUGAGAACUCAUCAACUUCACCAAUAUCCCAACCUGGAAGAAGACUCAGUAAUAGCUCUCCACCACAACCGUCAGAUCUAGGUUUUAUUUUUAUGGAUCAGGAUGGUAUUGUUCCGCUAGCUGUUUGGAGCGCUGACGCCUUAGAAACGAGCGCACGAGAAUCUGAGAAAACCAUGCGAUAUAAGACACAAAAAGUUGAACAUCCUAGGAAAAUAGAUCGUAAGCCCAAGUUUAAAGUGGUGAAACCUACUAAUCAUACUUCUAGUUUUUUGCAGAAUGUUGCAAAGUCCUGUAAUAUGGAUUUGAGUUAUUUGUUUCAUUGUGAAGAUCCUCAAUCGGCUGGCAGUGUACUUCCUUCGGGAACAACAUUGAGACCAGAUACUCUAUCGUUAUAUCCAAAUUAUUCGGAGAAAAAUCAUCGAAGUUUCCAUGAACCAGUUUCGAAGAAAAGAUCGUUGGAAGACUCAUAUAACCGAACCAAUACAAACUCCACAAAGGUGACCGCAGGACGGCCUCGUAAGGAAAAAAGAAUUAAAUGCUUAAAAAGAGAUUCAUCAGUUACUUUAGAGAAGAAGGUUGAGUUUUCCCAAGCAAUUAUAGAGGAUGCCAAACCAAAAAGGUACCAAGGCAUAAUACUGAGAGAUCAAGCCGCAGCUGAGCUGCGGUUGGGAAAGGAUGAACACCAUGCACUCAAUUUGACUUUGCCAAAUUUUGAUUUGGUAUGUCAGUAUCUUGACGGCAAGGCUCAAGAACAACAUAAUAGCUUUAGGACAAUAUGGAAAAUUUCACGGACACAGAUUGACCAUCACGUAUCUUUGGAAUUUCAUCUUUCGGACGAGACAGCGACUGUACCAGAUGCUGCUAUGGAGAUAAGUGUGUUCACAUUGAUGGCGCCUGGUCACUCUACGAAGCAUUUAGUGACAAGUUGCCAAUAUCUUGAGAUGGUGAAUUUUAUUCUUGGGAAGGACUACAAUUAUUUGAUAAAUGAUAACCUGGCCGAAACCACGGUUGGCUCUGAUGGUAAGAUGAUAUCCACGCAAAAGCAUCAUGCCUCCAGGGUAAGAUCCCACGUUAAGAAGCUGUUGAAACGACAUGUGGUAAAAGAUUUCAAAAGGUAUACCGCGGAAGAUCGCAGUGAUCCCAUAGAGUUUGAGUAUAAGAUGGCACUACACAAUCUCGUCUUACAAUGUUACGUAAAAAAGCCGUUCGAAAGUAAAGUGUCAAUUGCGUUAAUGGAAUUGGGGUGUGUGAAGAAGGCCCUCACAAAACAGACCGAGUUCUUUACUUUCAAAAAAAUAUGA